AUUGUACAAUGUAUAUUGUUGGCUUUGUGAUCCUGCAUUCCGUAGUAUCUUAUCUUCUCCUGGAACUCAUGACUACAGAUAUGUAUCCCGGAGAGGAGGACGACAGUUCUCUGCCUUUAUCCAUCGAAGAGUUGCCGGUGAUCUCUUUCCCAGACGGCCAGUUAGCGAAAUCCUCGAGUACUUGUGCUAUUUGCUUGGAACAUUUUCGACGCGAGGAGCGUUGCAGGGUGUUUCCAGCUUGCAAGCACAUGUUUCACGCUCAAUGCAUUGAUCUUUGGUUGGCGAAACGACUCACCUGCCCAGUUUGUCGCGCCCCGUGCAGAAUUGAAGUGAAGCCUAACACAAGUUCCGGUUCUGAUGACCGAAAUCACAUGUCGUCUUACCAUGUUUUCCGGUCUACGUCUGUGUUAUCACAAUAUUUCUGGUGCUAAAAAUUCACAAAAAGUUUUCGCAUCAAUUAUGUUUUCAAUUGUACUAUGUUUAAAAACAAGUCUUCAUUUUCACCCUCUCCCCCUCCUCCAGGACUCGAAAGAAUCGAUUGAUCGGGUUUAUGAUCGGAUACCAUGAGGCAUUCUACACCCAAAAAGUUGUUUAAUUCUUUGGUGAAAAUGUAAAGUACCAGAAGCUGGAAAUUAAUGGAACUAGUAUCAAAA